CAAAAACACACAAGAGUGAGACGAAGCGCUUACGUCGGGCGCGCGAAAGCCGAAGCCGGAAGUGAGUAGUGAAGGCGAACGGCGGACACUUUGGGAUCUGAGUCUAUCGCACAAUUGCCAUAAUCUUUAAACAUCUACAUAAUUAUGGCAGACCCAAAGGACCAAGAGGAACAAGAAACAACAGCUCCAGAUGCAGCAGAAGAAACCAAUCAUGAUCCCCACUAUGAUCCAAUCGUGAGCCUUCCAGAACAGGACAUAAAAACAUUAGAAGAGGAUGAAGAGGAAGUCUUUAAAAUGAGAGCCAAACUGUAUAGGUUUGCCUCAGACAACGAGCCUCCAGAGUGGAAGGAGAGGGGCACUGGAGACGUGAAGCUUCUGAAGCACAAAGAAUCAGGCAGCAUCCGCCUGCUGAUGAGGAGAGACCGAACACUCAAGAUCUGUGCCAACCAUCACAUUACACCUGCGAUGGAGCUAAAGCCAAAUGCUGGCAGUGACCGGGCCUGGGUGUGGAAUACAUUGGCAGAUUAUGCUGAUGAAUGCCCGAAAGCUGAACUUUUGGCAAUAAGAUUUUUAAACUCAGAAAAUGCUCAGAAAUUUAAGGUUAAGUUCGAUGAGUGCAAGGAAGAAGUUAGAAAAGCUCUCAAAGUUAAAGGUGAGGAUGAUGGGCCAGACAAAGUUGCAGAGAAACUAGAAGACCUCUCUGUAAAGGAUGGGAAAAAGGAAGAGGACAAAAAGGAGACGGAGAAGAAUGAUGAGAAAAAGGAGGUCACGACAGAAGAAAAGAAUUGAGAAAUAAGAACUCGCUUUUGCUGAUCUUCAGCUUGUCAGUUUUCCUCUUUUUCUACAAUAGACUGUAACGGAACUGAAAUUUGGACACUUGCAUAUUAUUUUUAUUAUCUGUUUUGCUUCAAGAUCACAAGUCCUUGAUGCCACUGAGAAAAACCUAACGAUAUAUUGAAUUUGUACUAAAAAGCCUCUCCUUAAUCCCUGAAGAUGUCACCUUUUCAUACGUCAUCAAUAUUACUUUUAUAAACUGUGAAAAAGGCUUGUGAUAGUGAUAAUUCCCACAUUGGGUGUCAUUUUUUUUUUUUUUUAAGUAUUGAAAAAUUUGUAGACUAAGAGGAUGUAGCCUGCACAAGACAAUAUACGGGGCAUUUGAGGUGUUAAAAUAUAAAAUCUUUUGUACAUCUUGACAGGUUUUCUUGCCCUGUUUAGUGUCCAUGUUGCCUGUAGCGGGGUGAAGGUAGCUCAGGUGGUCUUCAGUGGAUGCUGCUUUGACUGCCUUUUGGGUUGGUUAAUGGAGAAAUUCACUCCAGGCAGUUUAGUAGCUAUCUUGGUGCAUGUGACAAAUGCCACUGCACACUGAUGGCAUUGGAGCAGAUGCACUUAUCAAAGCAUUUUGCAUAUUUUUGUUUGAAAAUCUUAGUCAACGGUUCAAAGUUUGCAGCUAUGUGCUAAAUAUUUUCCUGAUAAAUAUAUUUUGAACAUUCCCAGACUUAAAGCAUGUUUAAUAAAUGUAACAAAGUGUGACCUAUCUGCUCACCUAAUCUUCACUAAUUGAGUUCUUUGCCCUUGCCUCUGAAGUGCAUCUGUAAAAAUGUUUGGAUGAAAUGUUGCUUUUCAUUUGCACAGAUGAUUUGAGAUGUUUCCUCCUCCACCUUUGAAUAAAAGCUCUCCAAGACCAA